GCCCAGGCCCCAGCCCCCCCCGCCGCCGCCGCCGCCGCCGCCGCCGCCGCCGCAGCAGCAUGUCCAGGCCGCUGUUAGUGGACAGACGGACAGACGGCAGCCACCGCGGGGUCCGCAGGAGACUGCUGGCUGCUUCGUUCCGUUGGCAGCCGUGACGAGGGCAGGCGGAGGGCAGGGGCUCUCCCGGGCCGGUGCCGGUCCCUGACUGUCCGAUUUGGAUCCUUGCUUGCUCCGGGCAGAGCUCGGUUUGGUGCUGAAGCCGCCGUCAUGAACGGGCUGUCGGUCAGCCAACUCUGCUGCCUCUUCUGCUGCCCUCCCUGUCCCAGCCGUAUUGCGGCCAAACUGGCCUUCCUGCCCCCGGAGCCCACGUACGCCAUGGUCCCCGAGCCUGAGCCCGUGGGCAGCACCAGCACCAGCUCCCUGCGGGGAGGUGCAGUGGGACGGUGGAAGCUGCAUUUGACGGACCGGGCGGAUUUCCAGUACACCCAACGGGAGCUGGACAACAUCGAGGUGUUUGUCACCAAGAGCAGCCGAGGGAACCGCGUCGGCUGCAUGUACGUCCGCUGCGUGCCAGGCGCCAGGUUCACGGUGCUCUUCUCCCACGGCAACGCUGUGGACCUGGGGCAGAUGAGCAGUUUCUACAUAGGGCUGGGCACGCGCAUCAACUGCAACAUCUUCUCCUAUGACUACUCAGGCUAUGGCGUGAGCACGGGCAAGCCCUCGGAGAAGAACCUCUACUCCGACAUUGAUGCCGCUUGGCAGGCGCUGCGCACGCGGUAUGGGAUCAGCCCAGAGAACAUCAUUUUGUAUGGACAAAGCAUUGGCACAGUGCCCACAGUGGAUUUGGCCUCCCGCUACGAGUGCGCAGCUAUUGUGCUCCACUCCCCACUCACCUCUGGCAUGAGAGUUGCCUUCCCUGAGACCAAGAAGACCUACUGCUUCGAUGCCUUCCCCAACAUCGAGAAGAUCUCCAAAAUCACCUCUCCCGUCCUCAUCAUCCAUGGCACGGAGGACGAAGUCAUCGACUUCUCCCAUGGCCUGGCGCUCUUUGAACGCUGCCCCAAGGCUGUGGAGCCGCUGUGGGUGGAUGGGGCUGGGCACAAUGACAUUGAACUCUACAGCCAGUACCUCGAGCGCCUUCGGAAAUUCAUCUCCCAGGAGCUGGCCAGCCAACGCACCUGAGCCCCGGGGAGGGGGGAGGGGAUGGGAUGGGGGAGGGGAAGGGUUUCCUGUGCGUUUCUAUCCUCUUCCCCCCCCCCUCGCACACGCACACUCUGCUGCUGGAGAUGGAAUGAGUUUGUACGACCUCAGCUCCAGCCCAGUCUGACAGCCUUGGGAGAGGUGAGGAUGCCCGUCGAUGGACGGCGCGUUUUCUUUGAUACGAGCACAGCUCUCCUGGUCCGUGUCAGCCCUCCUUUGCACUGGACCCAGACGCUGCUUGGAUCACUGGUUGGGCUGGCAAGGCAGCAGCUUCCUCCUUUCCCCUGCUGCAGGAAAGAGAAAGACGUGAACCCUCUCUCUUGAUGGUCAGUCCUGGGCUUUGGACACAUCCUCGUCCCCUCUCCAAAGAAACAACGAACCCCUGAAUUCAUCCUGGCUGCUCUGCUGGUCUGACUAUAGCAAUAAGGUGGUUGGAGAGGGGCUGGGCUAGGGGGCAGCGGCCAGCUGGGGGUCCUGUCCCCCUCCCCAGGCGUUGCUGCGUGCUACCUGCCCCCACCACGGGACAGAGGAGGUGGAGAUAGGGAGAAUCUCUAUCUGAGAAGACGCUUUCCUGGCCUUGGGGCUGGUGGUGAUGGGGUGCCUGGUGCUUGCCCCGGGGCUGGGGCGGAACGGUGCAGAGCCGCAUCCUGAGCGGGAGCUUGGGGGCCGGCGGCGGACCCCCCGCAUUCAGGCCGCCCUUUGAAGGGCUCCCUUGUACUGCUGGCGCUCGCGGUUCCUUUGGGGACGGGGACGAGGAAAGCGGGCGGCGAAUAAAGAGCUGAGGUUUAACGUUUUUA